CAGAAAAAAAUUACUGCAUUUGAAAAAAAUAAAAAUAAAACUGAAAAAAUAAAAUAACUUUAGAUACAUGUACCUUGAAAAGAAAUCAAAUAUAGGGAUUAAUAUCACAUCUGUCAAUUACAGAGUACCAGUAUAUACAUCAAAUUCAAUGAGGAGACAUGGUAAUGUUAUUGAUGUUAAACAACUGAGGAGUCACUGACACAGAAAACGUGUACCAAAUCAAACUGCAGCACUAAAGUUAUAAUCACAAUGUACAUUGUAGAAACCAGAGUUUAAAAAUCCCCAUAGAAGACAAUUACUUGUGAUUUACUGUUCUGAUACAUUUAUGACCAUGCUUGCUAUCUACCACCCACUUCACAACAACCCAUACAAAAGUUGCUAUAAAAUCAAACAUUGGAAAGACUCAGUUUCCACUAGAUUUUCUAUAUACAGAUGACCCAUGUCAUAAACCUAAUGGAUUUGUUACUGAGAGUGUAUGCAUUCAAGACCUUUACUCAUCAAUGAGUGCUGAUCCAAAGAAAGAAUUUUAGGAUUACAAAAUAUACACAUAGCUGCUCUUGAACCUCGAUCCAAUUACACAGAAUAUGGAACUGAAGUGAUGUGACCUAACUGAAUUUGAAGACCAUCAAUUGACCUACAACUCCAAGAAUGGGAACUCUGAAAGGGAAUAUUCUGAGUCCCACUUCACAGCAUUGGUCUGCCUUGAGGACAGACGAUGACAUUCAGAGAGCCGUCUCAGACUUUCUCGAUGAUCAGUCACCAAAACUCAGUGAGAAAUCAUUUCAGGACAGCAUCACAGAAAUAUCUCAUUGGUUGGGAUCCAUGAUCCAGCAGGAACGGGAGGGAUGGGCUUACAAAGUCAGAAUGGCCAUGCAGGAGAUCGAAAGCAAUCGUAGGGAAGCUCUCAAAAUACAAGGAGUCCUAAAUCAGUGUGCAGAACAGCUCCAUAUCAUAUCCGAAUGCUGUAACAUGGACAAAGACAUGUUACUGAGAAUAGCUGACAAAGAACCUAAACUAGCCUUGCCACUUUACAUUGAGUGUUUGACAGAUCUGAUUAAUUCUCUGGUGGAAGAUAGGAUACAAUGUCUACAGCUUUUACACAAGAAAGAAAGUGACACUACAUCAUUGUGUGAAAUGCUUAAAGAACACUUACACAAAGAACACAUGAUCACCCAGCAAAGUUUCUCUGGUCUCUCCCAAAGAGUGACUGACCUAGAGGCAUUCAAUAACAGCUUAACAGCUGAAAACCUCAAACUCAAGAAACAACUGAUGAGAAAGCAUGAUGAGGGGGAACGGUUUCAGAGACAUAAACAAACUCAGGAAGACAAGCACGAGAAACCAGCCUCUACUGAGAAAAAGCUGAAAUUCAGUCAGGUGCCACCCAUUGAAAGAGGUUCUCCUUCCUCUAUGAGAACAGCAUCUUCUGUUUCGAAUGCUGACUCCGUCAUUCCUUUAUCUGAAGAAAAACUCCACAGACUAAGACAUAGUGCUAAGAAACUUGAAAAUUCUCUACAAGAUGCUUUAAGUCAAUUGGAUACAUACCGCAAAGGUUCCCAAGGAAGUAUGAAAUACAGUCAUGCUUCUAUGAUUUCAAACAAUUUCAAACUGAAGCCUUUGCUCCCUAAUGGCGAGGAGGAUACCGAUGAAAAUGACAAGUUUGUCACUUGGGCACAAAACAAAAUGGAAGUUAAUGGCAAAGCCAGUGAAUCACCAAGGGAGAAGAUAGUGAGAAGCUCUCAAGAUGUCAAAGAAAUCAGAAAGAGGUCAAAACAGAUCCUUUACUCGGACAGCAGAUUCCGGCAAGAAGAAAGAGAAAGUCGUCGAAUUGAAAGGAUCUAUCCUAACGAGUCCCAGAAAGCAUGCACAUUCCGUUCUCUCGUGCGAUCCCUGGACGAAAUGCGCCAUCGCAAAGUCAGUAAAGCAAAAGGUGGGAAAGUUUCUAAGUGUCUUAGAUGCCAGAAAUUAUUUACCCUUAAUGACAACCAUAAGAAAUCUUGCUGCUACCAUCCUAGAACUAAAGAGCGAGUAGAAGAGUACAAUAGCAAAGGGAAACUUCAACGUGUAACAUAUGUCUGGCAGUGCUGUCAGCAGGGCAUGGACAGCCAAGGCUGCAUCCAUGGUCAACAUAUAUAGAAACAGCUAACACUGCAUGGGUAUAAAAACAUGUACUUUAUCAUUCAAUGACAAAAUCAAACUUGCAAUUUUUUUUCAGUAUUACGGUAGCAGUCAUCAUAAUUCCUUAUUAACUGUAAUUUAUUCAUUCUCAUCAAUAACACACAAUUUAUGUAAAUCAAAGGAUAUACAUUUAAACAUAAAUACAACGGUAUAUGUCAAACAGUGGAUUAUGGGAACAUUAUUUUCAAUUCAAAUUAUUGGUAUUAAAAAUUACAAUCAUUCAUAGAA